CCCGCUCACUCACAUGCUCCUGCUCGCUCUUUUCGGUCGACGCAAGCUCUUCUCUCCACUCCCACUCGCCAUGUCGCGACGCUCUCAUUCACCGUCCGCCCCCGCCUCGCCCCGCCUCGCAAAGCGACCAAGACUGGAUUUCGAGCCGUUGACCUCGGAGGACUACAAGGAUGGCCUCAUGCUCGCUCCGAUGGUCAGAUCAGGCGCAUUGCCUACUCGUCUGUACUCUCUGAAGCACGGAGCGUCGUUGGUAUGGGGUCCGGAGACAGUGGACAAGGCGAUCCUGCACUCUGAGCGGGUCGUAGAUCCGGUCACCGGUGUCGUCUCGUACAUGGGAAAGUCGGGAGCCAUCUUCACGACACACCCCGUCGAGAAGCCCUACCUCAUCUACCAAAUUGGCUCCGCCGACCCCGAGACCGCCGUCCAAGCAGCGAAGAUGGUCAUGAACGACGUCGCCGGCUUCGACCUCAACUGCGGGUGCCCGAAGCCCUUCUCUACUCACGCGGGAAUGGGCGCAGCGCUCCUGACGAACUCCGACCUGCUCUGCGCCAUCCUCACCGCCCUCCGCGAAGCCAUGCCCCCAGAGAUCUCCAUAUCCGCAAAAAUCCGCCUGUUGCCCACCUCAGACGACACGCUCAAGCUCGUCGAGCGCAUCAUCAAUACCGGCGUGAGCGCCUUGACAGUGCAUUGUCGGACGCGGAACCAGCGCAAGCAGCAGCCUGCGCAUAUCGACCGGUUGCGCGAGAUCGUGGACUUCGUCGAGGGCAUGGGCCGGGGCGUAGCGGUCAUUGAAAACGGCGAUUGCGGAGGUUAUGAGGAUGCCAUCCGGAUACGAGGGAUCACAGGUGCACAUUCAUGUAUGAUCGCCACCGCUGCUGAGGCCAACCCAACUUGCUUCUCACCAACACCGUUCGUGGACCUCGAGCGAACGUUCAUACCACAAUACCUCCGUCUGGGCAAAUACCUUGGCAUCUACUGGGGCUUGACCAAGUAUUGCGCUGGGAUGUUCGAAGGCAAGCGCACCAACAGAACGCGUUCGGAGCUCAAGGACAUCCGUGCCUCGAUUCGGGGAGCGAAAGGCUAUAAGGACAUAGAGGGCUACGCAGGGACUGGGUCAGGAGAAGAAGAGUUCCGCGAGAUAGUGCAGGCAAUCGAGCAGCGGGGUGGGCGGCGUGUCAAGGUGCAGGUCCUCAAUAGCACCUCGACCACUGGGAAGACGGAGGCUGCCGCCACUGAGGCCGCUCCCUCGAUGAUCUCGGACAAGGUGCCAAAAUCCGCGCGAGACGAACACGCCUUGACGUCGACUUCGGAUGGGGACGAGUCGAAGGACGGCCUGCACACGCCCCCGACUGGUUCUGUGGAUCCCUCCGUGAUGAACGCGCCACUCGCCCCCGCGAACGAGAUGAGGAUGCCACUGCCAGCGAUGAUCACUGGCGAGCUUCCUACUCCUACGCCCACACCUCGCAUUGGACAUCAGGGUCGCAGAAAGUCUGUGUAGCUUUGCUUGCAUCGGGUUCCGUGAUCUGUUUCUGCUUAGCUCCGACGUCGGUACAUCAUCAUACUUAUGCAAUUCUUAUGCCACUCUUCCACGGCUUCCACGCACUCG